GUCUCCAACAGGCAGAACUAGAUUCCCUAAGCAUAAAGUAACCAAUUUACUUUAAGUUGCAACCAGUCUUACUCUCACACAGUACAGCCUUCCAAGAUGCACUUUCCAGGUGAUUGAGGUCUAUGAGGAUUAAGCAAGCAGAAACUCUUUAAUGGAAAUCAUACUCCUGCCCUAUUAUUUGCGCUCUCAAGGAUACGGCAAAUGACUUUUAAGCACAAGAUCCUGAGACAGAAGUACAAGAGGCUUCCAUCAACUAAGAUUUUAAAGGGUUACAUCGCUAUACGGAUAUAUGACAGAAGUACCCUAGUGAAUUCUGCAGAAGAUGAAAGACCGCCUUCAAGAGCUUAAACUGAGAGCAAAGGAACUACAGUUAUUGGAAGAAAGCAGCAAUGUUCCUAGGGUUGUGUCAGAGGAACAAGCAGAGUUUGAACAAGCAGCUGUUAUUUUUGAAAGGGAGCCUGUAACAGAAAGGUAUCUAAAUGAAAUCCAAAGACUUCAUAAUGAUAUCAACAAUUUGGCAGAUGAUGUUCAAAAGUUUAGUCAGCAACAAAAGAGCCUAACAGCUUCCAUGAGAAGAUUCAGCAUUCUUAAAAAGGAAUGUAGUGUUACAAAAGAGAUAAAAAUUCAAGCAGAGCACAUUAGCAAGUGCUUGGAUGACUUAUCAAAAACUGUAAAAAAGGUAGAAAAAGCACACGGUUCUUUAUCUGCUGUUGUGAGGGUCCUAAGCUCUCAGCGAGCUGUCCUAUUCCGUCGUUUCCAAAAUAUCAUGUUUCUGUACAAUGAUGCUAUAACAGCCAAGCAAGAAAAAUGCAAGACCUUUAUCGUGCGUCAGCUUGAGGUGGCUGGAAAGGAGGUCUCCGAGGAAGAAGCUAAUGAUAUGGUUUGGCAAGGAAAAUGGGAAAUUUUCAAUGAAAACUUGCUUACCGAAGUUAAGAUCACUAAAACUCAGUUAUCUGAGAUUGAACAGAGACACAAAGAACUGAUCAAUCUUGAGAACCAGGUGAAAGAUUUAAAGGACUUAUUCAUCCAAAUCUCACUGUUGGUAGAAGAACAAGGAGAAAUGAUCAACAGCAUUGAAAUGGAAGUAGUUAAUACUCAAGACUAUGUUCAGACAACAAGUGAGAAAUUCAGACUAGCUGCCAAGUAUCGAAAGAAAAAUCCUUGUAGAGCAAUAUGCUGUUGGUGCUUCCCCUGCUGUACAUAAAGGUCUUUCCAGGCUA